CCAUUUUGUGACUGUAGUGGAAAAGGAGAGCGAUAGUUUUUUUGUAUCCUUGUUUGAGUUUCUGCGGAGGGGAAAAGACAUGUUUUGUGCAGGAAAAGUAAAGUGCGAAGUACUCAAAGCCGACCGUAGAGGGAUGUCACUGGGAGCUGUACUAGUCUCCCCAUCGGGAAAAUAGGACCGUAAAUCUUUCUGUGGAAUGAGGAAAAACGCUGUUUGAGAUUACAUGGCAGAAAGCAGAUGAACAGAAAAAGCACAGAAGAAAAGAAGAAGAGAGCAAAAUAUUUAAAGGAGUGCCUUAAAAUAUAAAAGAGGAGCCUCAUAUAAUUUGCAGCACUUUGUGUACAGUGAGCAAGAGAUGGGACCGUUGAAGACAAAUAGGAGACGAUCUCCACCAUUAACAAGAGGCAGAGGAGGAAAAAAACGAGUUGGUUCUCAUCCCGUAAAAGAGAAAGACUCCAAAAGAGUCAAGAAGGAGACGCUUGUCAGAACCACACAGCACACACCCAGCACUCCUUCCAAACGCAAAUACACCCCGACGCCCACAGAAGCCAACUCAAAUGACGAACCGAUCACAAACAGCAAUACUACCACUAAGGAGGAGACUACUGAGCAAAUGAAACCUGUGGUGUCAGACACAAGUGAUGGAAAGAAGCCAGAGGAAAAGACUGAAAAGGAAAAAACAGUGGGGACAAAUGGAAACAGUUCCCCACCCACUGAUUUUGUAGUAUUGCCUACCUCUGCCCCAGCUCCACUCGGCAUAGCUGCACCCCCGCAAGCCACCAAUCACAGUCCUAGUUUGGGCUCAGUUUCCAGUAGGAAGACGGCCACAUUCAAAGCGCGCGUACCCAAGAAAAAAUACAUGUAUGAGCACUUUGCUAACAAUGCAAGUGUCACAAAUAAUAUUCCUAUCUCCAGCCCUGCUCUCAUAUCUAACAGCUACAGCAGUAUCAACAGUAAAAACAGUAAAAGUGUGAAUACUCUCAAUAAUAUUUUUAAGCAUAGUAACAAUAUUCCUAACAGCAUUAAUAAAGGCACUAAUGUGAGCAUAAAUAGCAGUACUUCCAGUAUCACUACAAGUGGUAUUACCAGUAUGACUAGCAGUAGUAACAGUUGUGCUGGAAGCCAAAGUACUUAUAUAAAUAGCAUUAAUAGCAGAAGUAAUAAUUGCGCAGGUACUCAGCCAUCAGUGUUAACAGUAGACAGUAAAGCUACAGAAACAAACCAUUUUGUCUCAGUGAAGGAUAAAACCCUCAGGACAUCACAUUCCAAGGAAAAAGACUCACUCACUGGGGAAAAUGAAUUGGAGGGUGCCCCUAACUCGGCACGCUCUUCCUCUACCGAUACAGCUAGUGAGCAUUCUUCUGACCUGGAUGUGAUGGAGGCAACAGGACCAAAUGCUAAUAUCCACAUCCUUGCUCCUUUCCAAAACUCACACCCUAAAGAGGUCAGUCUUUCAGAGGGACUAGCUGAAGCUCUGGCUAAAGGCAUGAAAAACCAGAGAGUUCUGGCUCGCCAACGAAAAAGAAAAAUGGAGAGUGACAUGAAGACUGCCAACGGUAAAGAUUCCUGCCUCCAAUCUCCUGUGUUUAGACCAGGGGUGGUGCGCAGGGUAAGUGGAGGUAGUGUUGAAGUUCAGCUCCAAGGAGAAGAAACCCUUGUUAAAUACCCCUUUUGUGGUAGGACUAUGGUGACACCCUCUAUAGAGGCUGAGAGUGCUGUCUACUUCAUCUUAGAUGCACCCCCACCUGGCAUUUCCCCCGUAGCUGUUGGGACUCGAGUGUGUGUCCCAUUUGGUGAGGAGGAAAGGAGUCCUCUGUUGUACAGAGAGGGGGUUGUUGUUCAGGUGGACCCCCACCCUGGUGUCUCGUUUCCUUACCAGGUACUCCUAAACGAAGACAGAGAAACUCUGGGUGAAAAGUUGGUGGGGGAGAAAGAAAAAGGCAAAGUAACGGGUCGGGUUGUCUGGGUGUCCCGACAGAGCCUGAGACUACUCAUCCCUCCGUGGGAGGUCUCCCAGUUAGACGGUGGAAAAGCAAAGGAGAGAGAGCUUGAGAGGGAAAGGGAGGAGAGAGAGCGCCGGGAGGAGAUGGAGGUAGAGAGAGAAGUUUGCCAGUUAAGUAUCGGCAUGGGGGUGCUGGGAGGUGGAGCACGGCUGGGCCCUGGAUUUUCACAUGAGGGCGCUGCAGGAGUGCACACCUCUGGAACUGUGCAUUCACCUGCCAGUUCCUCCACUGUAAGCUCCAGUGUAGUAGCCGUCACAAGUCAUGGAUGUGAAAGCAACUUGUCGGGCAGAGAAAGACAGAAACAGCCUAACACACCAGAGGAAGAUGUCGAGGUAUCUCAUUUUAACAUGGGUAAUUCCAUUGGUCCAAAAGCAAACACUGGAACCUCCCAGUACAGAAACAUUGUCUCCAAGCCGAGUAGUUACGUUCCUACAUCCACUCACCUCUCAUUGGUGAGGGGUGUAGGGCCACCUCAUCUCUCUACAAUAACUAGUCCUCUGCCAACCCCAUCCCCUGCUUUACUGACCCCUGAAAUAAGCAACACCACUCCAAACCUACCUCUAACUAAAACCACUCCCACCCAGACCCCUACUCCCACUUCUGGUGUGGGCUCCUCUCCGGGCUCCUCCCGUUCUAGGACUCCUCUCUCGCUGGCUCAGCAGAAAUACAAAAAAGGCGACGUGGUGUGCACUCCCAAUGGCAUCCGUAAGAAGUUCAAUGGGAAGCAGUGGAGGAGGUUGUGCUCUAGGGAGGGCUGUAUGAAGGAGUCUCAGCGUCGAGGAUACUGCUCUAGACACUUGUCCAUGAAAACCAAAGAGAUGGAGGCAGCAGGGGGGGAGAAAGGAGGGGGAGGCAGCAGCUCAGGGACGGUGACCCCUUCAGACCUUCGGGGGAGGGCAAGCAGUGAGUUUGAGUGGGACGAGACCUCAAGAGAGAGCAGUGAGACCAGCAGCAGAGGAGACUCCAGACCUCGUUUGGUCCUUCCUUCCCUCCUCCCCCAUGAACUGUCGUCAAGGUUUGAUUUAGAUGAGUGCGAGGCUGCCACCAUGCUUGUGUCGUUAGGAAGCUCCCGCUCUGGCACUCCUUCCUUCUCCCCUAUCUCCAAUCAGUCUCCCUUCUCCCCUGCCCCCUCUCCCUCACCCUCUCCACUGUUUGGUUUCAGGCCGGCCACCUUCUCCCCUAUUACUGCAUCCCCAGUCUUACAACACCGGCGACACCGGCAGCCCAGUGGUACAGUGGGUGGAGGGGGAGGGGGCAGUAAACCAACAACCCUAACAGGAGCAGGUGAAAGGGAGAGACAUGUUUCGGGCGUCCAGCCCUCCUUCCACAGUAACCUGACGUUUACGGUCCCCAUGAGCCCCAGCAAAAGAAAAUCAGAUGCACCUCCUCCACCACCUCUUCCCUCACACCACCACGAUUACACACCCAAAACAGAGCUGGAGCUGGGGGACCUCAACAACUCUUUCAGGGUGCUUUCGCCCCAAACACCAGCAUCACAUUCCCGCACACAUACACCCACCCUCUCCCAGUUUAAAGGACUGAACACACCUUCUUCCAGCAGGCCCCCAUCCUCUGCUGCUGCCUCUCCUCCUCCUCUGCUGGUGUCCGCAACCCCUCCCUCUCCCCUCUCCACUGACGGAGGGCUUCGGCGAGUGGUCCCUAUACCCCAGCAGACUUUGCGGGACUCCCCUGUCAUUGUUCGAAAUCCUGAAGUCCCAUUAGUGAAGUUCACAGAGUCUCCCUUAGAAAGAGGAGGAGGAAGAAACGAGGCAGCUAUAGAUAACACCCCACCUAAAGACAUUGCUUUAACCCCCCUUACUCCUCAACCCGUCACGGGCCUCCAGGUUCCUGUCCCAAUUAAUGCUGCUGCAGCAACAGUACCCAAUGGUACUGUCUACUUGCGGAGCCCAGCCCAAACUCUAGUACUUGUUUCCCCGACAUCUUCCUCUCUACCUUCCACUGACCCUACUGCCACCCCCCUCCAAGCCCUCUCGGUUGCCGUAAGCACAACAGUGACAGCUUCAGUUCUGAGUAGCACGGACAGCUCCGGAGAACGACAAGACAACAAGUGUACCGGGUUUGGUGGAGAGGUCCAGCAGCCGGUUCCCUGUCACCCCUCUCCCACAGCUCUGCUCCCUCUGAUCCUACCAGCGGAAAGUCUGCACCCUGCCCCUCGAAAGGACAUCAUCAUGGGACGUCCUGGCACAGUGUGGACCAAUGUAGAACCACGGUCAGUUCCAGUCUUCCCUUGGCAUUCAUUGGUUCCUUUCCUGGCACCCACCCAAUCAGAUGCUCCGUCUCAUCCUAGUGAGGGUCAGCACCCUGUCAACCACCCUCAAGCAACCAGUCUAAAGACAGAUUGUCAGGGGGUGGCAGCGCUGUCACAGGAGCCUGCAGAGGCACCUCCCACUGUAGAGAAAAGUCCCCCAUCCAGGCCUCCCCCUUCGUCUGAUGAGCCUCUUCCAGAGAAGGAGAAGGGAGAUGUGGAGAGGGAAAGACCUGACAGCGAAACCGAGAGUGAUGUAGAUGACCCCUUCCUCCCAGGAGUUGUACCAGAGCAGCCUCUCUCCACCUCCCCAGUAAAGCGACGUACUCAGUCUCUCAGUGCGUUGCCCAAAGAUGGAGACAAGAGCAGUCCAGGAAAGAGGGAGAAGGAUCACAUCCGGCGACCAAUGAAUGCAUUUAUGAUUUUCAGUAAGCGUCAUCGAGCGUUAGUGCACCAACGGCACCCAAACCAGGACAAUAGGACAGUCAGCAAGAUUCUUGGGGAGUGGUGGUAUGCCCUGGGAGCUAUGGAGAAAAAGAAGUACCAUGACUUGGCCUUCCAGGUGAAAGAGGCCCACUUUAAAGCACACCCAGACUGGAAGUGGUGCAACAAAGACAGGAAGAAGUCCAGCUCUGAAGGUCGUGGUGUCCCAGGAAACAAGGAUAUCAGAGAAAGAAGCAUGUCCGAAUCAACAGAGCCCCAUUCUGUGGAACUCAAGGGUGUGGGUCCAGGUCUGGUGGGUGUAUCAGAGAGGAGCGCAGGAGAGGGGCAUGUGGGUCAGCUUACCCGGCCCAGAGCCUUUUCCCAGAGUGCCGUGCACAGCCUGGAGAGGGGAGACAGGGGGAACACUCAAGCUCUGGCAGAGCUGGCCCAGAUGUGUGUGGACAGCGGUGGCCAGUUUACCAGCCAUGCUCCUGCACCCUCUCAGGCUCAACGGGGGGUCAGUGAGGAUAUGACCAGUGAUGAAGAGCGUAUGGUCAUCUGUGAAGAGGAAGGAGAUGAUGAUGUCAUUGAGGACCCUUAUCCCAGCAGCUCCAUAGACCUAAAGUGUAAGGAGCGUGUGACCGACAGCGAUAGUGAGAACGGUUCAGGAGAUGAAGGGGAUCGGAAGAGAGUAUUUGCGCCCGUCAUCUGUUCCACUGCAUCAUCGUCUUCCUCACACCAUACCCCUCAUGGCAGGAGUGUCUCACUGUCCUCUUUUCCCAGCAGCAGACGUUAUGAUGAGGGCAGAUCUGGAGUGGUAGGGUUUUCAGACCACAGAAGAAAGGAAAGAAGUGAUGGAGAGACUAAAGACACUUUAGUGAACGAGGGAGGCAGCAGUAUGCAGGCCUCUUCUCUCUCCAUCUCUUCUGCUCAACUGGUCAAAUCAACUUCUUCAGCUGGAGGGCCUCCAUCCUCAUCAGUAGGUUCCCUAGGAGCAAGCCAAGCUCUGGGCAUUGGUGCUGUAAGGGUUGCAUCUACCGUAGUGACGAACGUGAUGCGUCCGGUUAUCAGCACACCGCUCCCAAUCGCCAGCAAACCUAGAGAUGGCGGCCCGUCGUCAAGCCCGCAUCCUCCAGAGAGGAAGUCCCUCACUCCCCAGCAGCAGCCCCAAAUUCUGAUUGGUCCAGGAGGAGGAGUUGGGCCUCCAGCCGGAGGGGGUGGGUGCUACACUUCAUCAUCACCAAACCCUGUAGGUGCGGGUGGUGUAGUGACUAACUUAGUGUUAGGAGGGGCUCUGCCUGCUCAGUCUGCUGUCCAGCUCAUCACUCCCUCCCCUCACCCUCAGCCGUCCCAUCAGCAUCCUCUUCCCUGUACAGCCGUCUCUGCGUCACACAGCCAAACCAACGGCCCCCUGCCCCUCCUCCAGCCCCAGUUCCUCCCUGGCUCCCCCGCACCGCCCCCCGGGGCUAAGGCCAUCACACAAGUUCAGUACAUCCUGCCCACCCUCCCUGCCAACACCAACCCCAAGAGCCCACCACAGAAUCUCAGCCAGCCAACCAGUAUCUUCAACCUACCCACAGUUCCACCAACACAUGUGUCCCUGGCCAAUGGGAAACAGCAGGGGGCCGGUCUGCAAACAGGAUACGCUCCCAGCCCUGCAGUGGGCGUGGUCAACCCUGGAGCAAGAGUGCAAACCCAGUCUCCGGUGCUCCAGGGUAAAAUGUUUGUUCCUAUGACAACAGUUCGGACUGCGCAAGCCCCUGCCCAGCAGAUUCCCAUUGUCACUCCACCCCUUCCCGUCCAGAACGGUGCACAGUCCGGAAGCAAGAUUAUUCAUCUUGCCUCCAUGCCGGUGGUCCAGUCCCAGCAGCCUCAGGGUGGAGCAGUGCAUCAUGCCAGCCCCUUCCCAGUAACAGUGGGAGCAGCAGUGGUGGCACCAGGAUCUGCCCCCUCCCAGGCGGUGCUGCUGCCGCCUGCACCUACAAGAAUUACCUAUGUCCAGUCCACACCGGGGGUCCCAUCCACUCUGCCUCUAGUCUCCACAACAACAGGCUCCUCACCCACCCAGCAAGCUCUACCAGUGCCUGGAUCUGCUUAUGUUCCCUCACCUUUAGCAACCCUUGGGUUUACAGCCAUUGCACCACCUGGACAGACACUGGUUCAGCCACUGAUUGCAGGUCAGGCCCCUCUGCUCGCCACAGCUCAGUCCCCACAACCCUCCACCGCCGCCCCUGCCUCAGGUUCCGGGGGCCAGAUAGUCACCGCCAUUUACCCUCCAUCACCAAGCAUCACCAUGGCAACAGGGGUGGUCUCUAUGGCGCCAGUGCCCCCCAGCGUGGUCUACUCUGUCUCUAACCCUUCGAGCGCUUCUCCCCACAUCCUGCCGAAACACACGAUUGCCCCCUCCACCGUCAUGCAGCUCCAUCUGCCGCCCCACCCGGACCGCCAAGCGGACAGGCACUUGCCCCCGGACCGAUCCGCCGACCGUCAGAGCGACAGGCAGCCCGACAGGCAGGUGGACAUCCUGGCACAUUCAGACAGACAGGUGGAGAGGCAGAACAUAAGCUACAACAGUAACAGCUCGGCGGCACCCCCUAGUGGCUCAGCUGCGUCCAUAAGGCCCAGCAGUCCUCCACUUCAGAUCCAAGCACCCGGCAGUACACCCAAGUUACUACAUCUUCCAGUCAGGUUGCCCCAGAAAGUAAAAGCAACGGUGGCAACCAUUCCUGUUGGCAGCUAUGACGGAGGUGGCCGAGGGAAAGACAGAGAACGAGACAAAGAGAGGGAGAAGGAAAGGGAGAGAGAACGAGAGCGAGAGAAGGAGAGGGAGAGAGAAGCAGCAGCCAACAGUCAUUUCUCCUUUGAGCCUGAGCCUUCAGGGCACACGGGGUCUCCGGCAGCACAUCCCAGUGAUGAGCCGCCGUCCUCCGACACACCUCUGGAGGGUUCCAGCACCGCGGACUCCUCUGACCCAAGGAACAGGGAAAGCACAACAACCAAAGAGGGUGGGUGGAAGGAGACUCUCCCCUCCUCUCCUCUCCCCCCUCCGUCAGCCACAGAGCCCGCUUUGCCUCCUCCACAGACUGACAAAGACGGACCUACACCCAAAAAGAUCAAAGCCCGCCCACCACCACUAAAGAAAACCUUCGACUCUGUCGACAAGACUGGCAGGGUUCUCUCAGAGGUAUAUUUUGAGGAGCGGUUUGCCGAGCUGCCGGAGUUUCGACCCGAGGAGGUUUUGCCGUCACCCACCCUGCAGAGUCUGGCCACGUCACCUCGCGCCAUCCUGGGCAGCUAUCGUCGCAAGAGGAAGAACUCAACAGAUUUGGACUCUGCACCUGAUGAGCAAGCCUCUCCAAAGAGGAAGAGUCGGCGGCGUUCCAGCUGCAGCUCUGAACCCAACACACCUAAAAGUGCUGCCAAAUGUGAAGGAGACAUCUUCACCUUCGACAGAGCAGCCACAGAUGGAGAGGACAUUCUGGCAGAACUGGAGUUUGAAAAGGUGCCGUAUUCGUCCCUGCGACGAACUCUUGACCAGAGGAGGGCGCUGGUCAUGCAGCUGUUCCAGGAGCAGGGCUUCUUUCCGUCAGCUCAGGCCACUGCAGCAUUCCAGACAAGAUACUCCGACAUUUUCCCCUCCAAGGUGUGUCUGCAGCUGAAGAUCAGGGAGGUGCGGCAGAAGAUCAUGCAGACAGCGACACCCUCUGAUGCCUCCAUUUUAGGCCCGUCAGAGUCCGCUGCAUCGGCUCCAGGACCAUCCGGCUCCCAGGUGGGGGAGGGAGCUGGCAAAGGAGGUGGAGACCUGCAUGAUGAGGAAGUGGAACAGGGAGCAGACGUGAGUCCAGAGGAGCUUCGUGAGUCACAGGACUCUUCUAGAUGAGUGGUUGACCAGUCAGCAACUUCUCCGCUUCCACACUUAUCCGUAUCCAGUUAGGAUUUGUUUGCAGUAUUUGGACAUUUUAAAUGUUUUAUUUUGUGUCCCUGUCACACCAAAAACAUGAACACUUUAAAAACAAGUGGCACAGAAAGUACCACAUAAACAAACUGUUCAUUCCCAGACUUGAAUCAGCACUCUGUAUCGACCACCUCAAAGGAAGAUUGAUGCCGGUGAUCGAAGGACCAUCAUGUACAGCUGCACUCAUUUGCCUUGAAGAUGAAACGGUCCCCGCUUCGGAUAGACAAACGGCAAACGGUUAGCAAUUUUAAAAGAGGUAGUUGGUCCAUGUUUUGAUUUUUGUUCUGUUUUUAAUCAUUUUAGAGUAAACGCAGUGUGUGAGGAGCAACCUGUAUGUAAACUUGACUGUUCUGAGUUUGUGGUUUGUUUCUGCUGACGUUCGGGGGCUGGGCCCUCAGCAGCCGGAAACGAUGCGAUUGCUCGCAGUGGACCUUGAGAGAUCACUUCCUCACCCGUGGGCCUUCAGAGGAGGUUUUACCAGGAGUGACUCGAAGAUAAUCAGAAGCUAAACGUGGACUUUCUGGCAGUUCCACCAUUCCUGCAGUUACCUGACCAGCCAGGACUGACCCGUUAACACAUGCCAGUAGUUGGGAAGUGAGCAUUCCUGUGCCUCUUGUUUGUUUGCCAUGAAGGAAGGAGGAAAAGUCGGAGUCACCGGCAGGCACAUCCUGGCUCUCAGAUAUAGAGGUCGAGCGGAAAAGUUCCUUAAUCCUCUGUUGCCAAGCAGUUCAUUUACUUCUCUUUUUAUAUUUUGUUUUGUAUUUAACAUCGUCAUUCUCAGUUUGUUGUUGUAAUAUUCUUACGGUUAUUACUCCUCAUAUCAUUUAAGUGAAUCAUUCUCUUCUCUGUAUUCGUGUUUGUUUGUUUUUUUCUUCUUUCUGGCAGAAUUUUUUUUAGUUUCUGCUGACGUUAAAUUUCUUCUUCUCUUUGGUUGAACUUUUUUUAUUAUUAUUAUUUAACAGUUUUGGAGGCAGGUGAGACAUGCUGCUCCACGCCUGUACAGUUCCUCCAUUGUAGUCUUCCCUUGACUGGCCUCUCACCUCAGCAAGGACCUGCGGUGUAAUUCUUUUUAUUCAUUUCAAACAGGAAUACAAACACAGCGUGGACCUUUUUAAGUAAUUUCAACAGUAAUAAGUCGUCUGUUUUUAGAAGACCCUGUAUGCCUCUUACUACCCUCGCUAGGUUUCUAUAGUCUCAACACUUAAACUUCUCCUUCCUCCACCUCUGUCCUCCCCUCCUUCCUCCUUUUGUCACUUUAUUGCUCUCUCCUGACCUCCUUUCUAGAAGGGCGGAGGAAGAAAAACUGGAGGAAGUGAAGGGAGGGAACAAAUCAAAGAGAGCUGGUAGGACAUAAUACUGGUUGUGUCUUUGUGCAAGACUUGGUUGUGUUGUAAAUAAUUACUGUAGAGUCAGUAGACUCAUUAUUGAUAUGGAAAAACAAUCUGUCAUUGAGCAUAUGUUGACUUUUAUCAUUACUGAAGAAAAAACAAUAAAUAUGACUAUUAAUGUUG